UCGGGUCGUGUGUUAUUCCUGCCAAGUGAGGUUUUUGGCGCUUAGCACGGGCGAAAGCGAGACGAACGCGCGCGUCCGUAUAUACGUACCUAGGAAAACUAUUAGCUAAGGUGUGUCGACUGCCGAAACCAACGAUCGAUUUAUCAGUGCUGCGAAAAAGUAAGCGUCGAGAGAAUAUUGCAGUGAAUUCUCUGAAAUCGUCGAGCGUCUUUUUUCGGCGGCGAAUAAUCCGCAAAAAGUACAUUAAAGAAAGUGCAUUAAAGUGUAUGGAAUAAUCUGAAGUACACCGCCGUCAUUCUGUGUACGAAUUCUAAUGCGGAGCGCGUUCGAUCUCAAAGUGAUUUUUGAGUGGCGAUCGGUGAAAAUAGAUUCAGAGGAAGCUUGAUGUUUGCCAUCGUCUGUCAUCGUGAAGAAACUAUAGAUUCGAAGAACGAGGUGAUUUGAGCUGCCGCGGCUUGAGCAAAUCUACGAAGAACAUUUCACAAACUUCAGACCAAUCAAAAGACGACAGACCGUUGCCGGUGCAUCCGCGAUGGAGGACGAACUGCGGUGUCCGAACUGCAAAGAGCUGUUCGUGGAACCGGUGUUGUUGCCGUGCUGGCAUGCAUUAUGUCUAGCAUGUGCGGUGAAUCUGCAGGCGCCGCCGGACUCGCCACCAGAAUCCACUACCGAUUCGGCUAAUGCACCGGGCUCCGAUCAAGAGGCCGAUAAGUUGUCGAUCCUGUCGGAAACCGAUUCCGGCGUUGUGUGCAGCAGUACGUCCACGAGCUCACGGCCCGGCAGCUACGUCGGCACUCCAGGCAAUGGCGGCGGCUUUCCGCCGUCCGGCGGCACUCUUUGCCUCUCGUGUCCUGUUUGCCAAAAAACCGUCUACUUUGACGAGGGUGGCGCCCAUAAUCUACCCAAGUAUCGAGCAAUGCAGCACAUCGUCGAAAAGUAUCAGGAAUCACGGAACGCGCGACUACGGUGUCAAAUGUGCGAAGGGGAGCCACGCGAUGCCACCGUUGCGUGCGAGCAAUGCGAGGUUUUAUAUUGUGACGCCUGCAGAGAGUCCUGUCAUCCGAAGAGGGGCCCAUUGGCAACUCACAAUUUGGGGCCACCGAGAGGCAGCUGGCAAUCAAGCGGAAGCAAAGGAUCUCGAUCCGAAUGUACACCGAUCUGCACCGAUCACAACGGCGAAGCAGUGACUCUCUAUUGCGCCUUGUGCAAAAUUGCGAUAUGCACUCUGUGUCUUCGUGAUCGUCACGCCGCGCAUUCUCAUGAUGUUCUGCCGUUGGCUGCCGCCUGCAAAGCGCAAAAGACGGAGCUGUCGCAGAAUCUGCAGCAGCUGUCAGAGAGGGCCCGCUCGACGACGGAGUUCAUUCAAAGGCUCAAAGGGAUGACGGAUAAAGUGCACGAGGAAUGCGUGACGCUUGAAGAAGAGGUUGAAGAUCGCGUGGCGAAUCUUGUGAGCCUCUUACAGGCGAGAAAAUCGCGACUGAUCGAGGCCGCUCGACAAACCAGAGAGGCCAGGGUGCGCUCAUUGCGAGAUCAAGUGGCGAGGUGCGCCACGCACCUGCAGACCACCACAGCACUACUCACGUUCUGCAUCGAGGCGUUAAAAGAAACCGAUAGCGCGGCCUUCCUGCAAAUCGGUGGCAUGUUGUCAGUUCGAGCGGCGACCGCCGCAGGCUCUUGGGGCGGCGCCGAGGGUGUUCAGGAGAUUGCCCGUCUGCCGUUGCUGGAUCUCACCCUGGACGACAAGCCGCUGCGCCGUGCUAUCGAUCAGCUCACCUUCGUCCAGCUCAAACCACCCGGUGCGCCCUUACUGAUCCCCGAAGAGUGUAGCGCUGAGAACAACAGUGUCACCGUUGCCUGGCAGCCACCACCUGGACACGGAAUUAUGGGCUGCACCGGACAAAGGGGCCCCGCCAUCGAGGGUUAUCUCUUGGAGCUGGACGACGGCUGCGGCGGGGAGUUUAGGGAGGUAUAUUGUGGCCGGGAGACCAUCUGCACAGUUGAUGGGCUACACUUCAACUCGCUGUAUAAUGCCAGGGUGCGGGCGUUCAACAGCGCGGGUGAGGGCGAAUACUCGGAGCUGAUCGGCCUUCAAACUGCAGAGGUGGCGUGGUUUUCGUGGGCUACCGGCGCGGCUGGCGUACCACAGGAGGUGUCUGUAUCCGAGGACGCGAUGAGCGCGUCCUGCGAGGGCUACGAGCAUCGCGUGGUCCUCUCGAGCGUCGGCUUCUCGCGGGGUGUGCACUAUUGGGAGCUGACGAUCGAUCGAUAUCACAGUGACACCGAUCCGGCCUUCGGCAUCGCCCGGGCCGACGUGUCGCGCGAUCAGAUGCUAGGUAAAGACGACAAAGGUUGGAGCAUGUAUAUAGAUCGCCAGCGGUCGUGGUUCAUGCACGGUGGCGGUCACGCUCAGCGGACAGAGGGUGGCGUCCAGCAGGGUUCGACCGUCGGUGUGCUUCUCGAUUUAGACACCACACACACGCUGCGCUUUUUCGUCAACGAUCAACCGCAGGGUGGGAUCGCCUUUCGCGAUCUCUACGGCGUAUUUUAUCCGGCGAUUAGCCUGAAUCGCGGCGUCACGGUGACCUUACAUACAGCCCUGGACGUGCCGCGUCACCUUCUCGCGCUUCACGAGGAGUACAUCAGCGAUAUGGUCCAUAGCUAGGGGUACCUCAACGUCCUUAAGAGGGGUCUGCCGCAGGAGAUUGGCUCGCCCUUAAGCUCAACUGCAUGCGCCAUCGAUAGGUGCAAGGAUUUCGAGUCGGGCCAAUUACUGGAGAAGAUUGUCGAAGAGAGUCCGACGUUGGAGGUUGACGUUAAUUGAUCGAUAGAUUCUCCGAAAACUAGAACUAGUGAUAGUAGUCUAAAUUUUUAUGCUUUUGCUUGAUGCGACGCGCCGUCAAUAGUGCGCUUUGACAUUUUGAUGGUCGUACGUUUCGCGUCAAAACGUUUAAUUGCGCCAGUCUCUAAGUCACAUCUAACGCCAUCGUCAAACUCUUCAUUUCGAAAUUAUUGAAGCUUUCGUCUUAUAAAGCUCAUAAUAUUUUAUCCCUUUUUCAUUAGAAUUAUUUUUUAUCUGUGAUAUAUUUACAUUAACAUUAAUAGAUAGACAUAUGAAAGACAUAUGAGAGAAGCCGUGCAAACCAAUACGUAACAGCGACCGUCAAAAUGUCAAGACGCUGUAAGAUGAUCUUAAUGCGAACUUUGGUUCUUUGGCGAAAUUAUGCGGCGAAACGAAAAUAGUGAUUGAUCUCCUUGGAAUCUCUAAGAGGCAAUAUUCUUUUCAAUUAUUUUGCAAUUAUUUGAAAAUGGUUUACAAAUUAUUUUCAAAAAUAAUGCGGUUUAUUAUAAAUGAGAAUUAAUUGAAAAUUCUCGGACGUAAUUUUAUACAUUUACGAUUAAAAAAUUUAAUAUCCCUGAGGAUAUAUUAAUCUGGAUAAAGUUUGCCUUGCCUCUAUUUGUCUAAAUGUAAGCGAGCUCCGCGAGAAAUAACGAUUCAACAGGUUCAGAAACUUCGGCGAGAAGGUUUCCGAGAGAGGCACAAAUCUUUGGAUUAAUGGUUGACUCUUUAGAUUCGCGAGAAACUGAAACUUGGAAUUAAGAUUCGAAUUCGAAUUCGAAUUGGGACUAGUUUUUCGUCGUUUUUGGCGGCACGACCAAUAUAAUUCCGCCGAACGAGACCACAGGCAAUAUCGAUCAAGUUGAUAUUUACGACACAAGCCACAGUUUAAAAUCACUCGAAGAAAGUGAAGAAUCCUUUAUUUCCAGAGAACCAAUGAGACUGAAAUAAUUCACGCACACGCGACACAUAAACAAUCUCUCCCAUUAGGAGACCGAAGAGGCUAAUAAUAGGAUAACGAUACCUUUUCCGAAAAUUAGCCCGUUUCUAUUUAUACCGCGCGCUGUAAAAGCAAAUCGAAGAAAAUAUCUUUUUCUAUGCUUUUUAAAUAUUUUCUCUCCUGAAGACUCAAUGUAUUGUGCUAAGGAUCGGUGUUUCUGCGGUCAAUCAAUUAAUUUUAACUCUGUCUACAUCGUGUCCGAAUUUACGCUCUAAAAAUGAAUGUAUUUGUCGGAGAAAUUAUCGGACACUUAAGCGAAAGUGGAACGACUUUCGGAAGCAAAGAGACGUCCAUUAGCAAAUAGCCAAGUAUCGUCACCACCAAUUUUGUCGAGGACUGUGUUUGAGUAGAAGCGAUCAAUUGGUCGAGAAAUCGCGUCUAGGUCCACAGAAUUGUUACGAAUAAGGGAAGAAUCUUACGAAAUUCAGGAGUUUGAUGAAGGAAGAAGUGCGGGGAAAAGGUAUCGCUUCGUUUACCUCUCCCGAUACUACUCUACCCGCGGGACAGUGGUUCUUGGAACUUCUUACUUUGGGGAAUAAAAUGGUAGAAACGAGUGCGCCAAGAGCAUCUUGAGAACUGACAGAGAGCAUCGAGAAGGAUCUUGAACCGGCGGCCUUCUUCGGGGGUGGCUCCCGCGAGUAGCCACUAAGGAAACCGAACGGUCUCACCGUCCACGGUGACUUUUCAUCAAUCGCGUAAUUAACUUUUUUAGCACUCUGCCGCCACAUAAUAUGCGUUCAUCUUCGAUGAUCGAACUUUUUAAAGAACGCAUCUGGACUCAGCUUGACUGUAAAGGUAAUAUCUAGAAAAGUUUUUGCGAAUAUUUAUAUCUUUUAUAACGAAACAGUUUUUAAUUUUACGUGAAGGAAACAUUAUUUAAAGGGAUACACUUUUAUAAUUCCUAAAUAUUUGUAAAAAUAGUAUAAUUACGAUUCGUCGAUUCGUCUCGCGGAGAAUGAGAACAACGUAUUUCUUCUAUCCACCGAAUUAAAUUGACCGAGGCAGAAUUUCGCGCCUUCAAUUGAAUUCGGUGCUGAAAUAGUUAAUGACCGAAAUCGCGAGAGCAUUAAGCUUCCGAUCGCACGCUGACGAGGUGCGAUCCACGACGAGAAGUUGGAGGAUCGGUCACGGUAGGGCCGAUAAUUAUCUCAACAGGACGAAGAAUCGAAGCGUUCCGCUCCGGGCGAUUUUUCGUCUUGCUCGCGCGAUCGACACAGAUCGCUCGAUCGUCCACCUAUUAUCCAUAUCGACACACGUAUAAGUGUAAUCGCGUUGUAGGCGUUAAGGCUCCGUAUUAAAGCGUAUAGACAGAUAAGGUGUAUAAAACAGUGCUGCCGCGGCUUUAGUGUACAAUAACGAAUCGAGUAUACGUUUUUUCUAGUCUUUGAUAGAAAUCCGAUCCCAAUAUCUCUUCCCUUUGUUUGCCUACCCUCAUUCCGUCGUUUUAUCUUCCACCUCUUCCCCUCACUCUUCUUCUUUUAUCCCCGUUCCGCGUUCCAUCGCAUUCGUCUAGUUCUUUUUUACGACUUUGUACGACUUUAUAUACAUCUUGAUGAUCAUAAGAACAGGAGGAGACUCGGUUCAUGCGCUCGAUUUCUCGUUGUAUUCCGAUGUAACCAUAACCCGGCAGCGUUAUUUCUGCGCCGGGCAUUGCAUUGUUGCUGCGAGCGCGCGCGCGCGUGCACGCACGCCUUUCAGCGCCAUGUACAUACGUGUAUAUAUACAUAUGACUCUAUAUCGAUUAUAUCGCCGAUGAACUUACCGAUUGUACCAUUUACGACUGUAUCGGAUCAAUAAAACGCAACGAAAACGCC